GAUUGAAACAUGGUUCAUGUUUUCCUGAAAAAUGUUGUCGCCGGAGUUACUUCCCUUGCAAAAAUGGCGACUACCAUUGCGGUGAAAACGAAGCAGAAAACUAAACGAGAACCAACAGCUUAUAAUGAGUUAGCAGUACGUACCAACAAUGGAAUAUUGGAUUACUGUAGAACAUCAAUGUCGUCUCUAUCUGGAGCCGCUGCCGGUGUCCUUGGUCUUACAGGCCUUUAUGGAUUUGCUUUCUACUUUAUCAUGGCUUUUGCAUUAUCAUUUUUCCUGAUGAUGAAAGCUGGUACAAGUUGGAAUAAAUAUUUUAUAUCAAGGCGAGAUCUUGUCACAAAAGGUUUAUUUGGCGGUCUUUUUACAUAUGUUUUAUGUUGGACAUUUCUAUAUGGGAUGGUGCAUGUAUACUGAAUUCUUCAUGGUCAUAAAGUAGUUCCAGCAAGCAAAGAUGUAUUUGUAUCAAAAGAAGAUAAAGAGUUCCAUACUAAGCGGGGAUAUUAAACAUCUGUAUGCAGAAAUAUUCUUGACUACAAAAUUCUUUUGUUAUAUCAGAAGAAAAUAAACAAAUUUAUUUUCAUUUCCUAUUCCUUUUUAGCAGCUUCACAUUUUACUAGCACUAUCAUUGCCAGCUGAUAUCUCAAAAACUUUGCCUGUUUGGGCAAAUUUUUAACUCCAUUACAUGUAUUAUUUAACAUGUGUACUGGGGGUAUAUGUACAAACAUACUUGAUUCUGAAAAGAAGUAUUUAAAAAAAUGUUUUUCACUUGAAUAUUACUGAAUCAAAAUAUUACUUUUUUUAUAUCAACAGAAACUUUAUGCGCCCAGUUUAAUAACACUUUACUUUAAAAUUAUAAACAUUUAUGUUGACAUUAUAACCUUAGUUUAAAAGUAUGUUUGAACAUUUGCUUGUGUAAUGUUAGUCUUAUUUGUAUGAUCAUCAUAAUGAUGUGACCUGUCAUAUUAUUAUUUUGUUUUAUAUACUAUGAUUAUUGAUGCUUUGUGCAUGGGCCAUAAAUGAAUUAUUACAAAUAAAGACAUGAUCUAUCUAUAUUACAUCAUUCUAUACUCCUGAAAAUUUGAACUCUGUUAUUUUAAGCAAAGUUGCAACAAUAGCAGUUUAGGUACUGCUGUCAUUUGAUAUCAGGUAUAGCCAAUUGAAAAUUUUGCAGUUAAAUUUUAGGCUUAAAGUGUUGAUAAAUAUAGGCUCAGAUAUUUGUUUACUGGAUAUAAACCCUGUAAAACAAUAUAUCAGUGUCAUUUUUAUACGCCCUUCUCUGAAAGAGCGGGGUGUAUUAUGUGAACACCCAUGGCGGGCAGUCAGCAUCCAAAAGCAUGUCUGCUCUCUAACUCAAACAGUUUUCAUCCGAUCUUCACCAAACUUGAUGACAAUGUUUGUGGGCAUAAUAUCUCAGCCAAGUUCGAUAACCAGCAAAAUCGCCCCAGUCACUCUUGAAUUAUGGCCCUUGAAUUACUAGAGAGAAAAAAAUCUGCAUAUUUAGCCUUGUACGCUCUCUUAGUCAAACAGUUUUCAUUGGAUCCUCCACAAAAUUGCAGAUAAUGUUUGAGGGCAUGAUAUCUCAGCCAAGUUCGAUAACCAGUUAAAUCGCCCCAGGCACUCCUGGAUUAUGGCCCUUGAAUUACUAGAAAUCUGCGAAUUUAGCCUUGUCUGCUCACUAAGUCGAGCAGUUUUCAUCUGAUCUUCACCAAACUUGCUGACAAUGUUUGUGGGCAUAAUAUCUCGGCCAGGUUUGAUAACCAGCCAACUUGCCCCAGGCACUCUUGGAUUAUGGCCCUUGAAUUAGGCCAAGUUCGAUGACAGCAUAUUUUGUGACAGUCUGCCACUCUUGUUAUGAUAACACAUAAAUUUAAGAUAUAAAGAAUGUAAUUUCUGAACCUGAAUAUCAUGAACAGAUCAUGUAGGGAAAAAAACAUCCAACCAAAUAUUUUCAGUAAGGAAACCGAAAGUAGAACUACCACAAGUCAGGAAUAAUAUUGAUGAAUAUAUUGGGACCAUUGUAUGAAUAUAGCUUCAAAUUUGAGCCUCUUUGAAUCAGUUUCACACCACGUUGUAUUUCAGUCAUUGUGCAAUGAAUUAAUGUUGAUGAUGUAUUGUGUAUUUAUAAAAUUUUGCAUUUAUACUGUUACGAACAUGAAUAAAUGAUAAAACUGUC